GGCCAAGGCGAUCGAAGUGCAGCGAGCGACUCCGAGCCGGCGCCUGCUAUCACGACGCGGGCCCGCCUUCGCGCAAUCGCAGUGCGCUCUCGCCUGUGCUUCUCCCCCUUAGCACUGCGCUGGCCUCCCGCCCGCAGCGCUGUCCUCUCUCCACGCCGUGUAAAUUAAUGUGUUUGAUAGUUCGAGCACCCUCCGUAGCUGCACACGCGGUCUCGCAGGCGCUGCUGCCGUCCUGCGCCGCCUAUGCCGCGCCCUAUCCUCAGCCUUCCAACACAUCUCGCACCGCGCUCCUCCCGCGCUCUCUCGCCAUCUGUGUACAUCAUGAUCGAGCCGACGAUGCGCUCAUUUAAUGCCCCCGAAGCACUAAAUCGCCCAUCCCGCUCCCUCAGAACACACAGCAGUCUCCGCAUCGUGUGCAAAUCCGGCGCGCAUACGGCCCCGGCUUGCCUGCCGCUCCGCUAGUCCGGCGAAGCAAAACCCCGUGCGGGGCAGCGGCUACACUGCAAAAUGACACCUCGUUCAGGAGCACUCCCGUCACAGCCCUCGCACUGGCGCAUGCGCGUUGCUUACGACGUCGUCGAGGUUGCUUAUACCUCCCAUCAGCCCGCCCGCCCGUCGAAUCGCGAAUGCCCGCACCCCCUUGCGUCGUACACGCCGCGUGAAGCGUGGAAUAUGUGCGCACAUACCCUCGCAACGUACUCCCAAUGCCCCUUGACACGCUUUUCUCGCCCUGGACGCGGCCGCAAGAUCGACGACUACCAGUCGUGGCCCUCGACGCCCCCACUCGACAAGCUCGGUCUAUGCUCGCAACACCCUGGCGAGUACGCUGCUACCACGCUCGAAGCCGCCGCAGACGUACUGCGCGCGGAGCGCCGCCCAUAUGGUUGACCUGUCCAAACACGCUUCAGCCCCUCUCGCGGGCGCGACACUGCGCGAGCAUACAUCCAUCUUACUCCACCCUGUGUAUAGGAUGUUAAUCUCGUAUCAGCGCGCAGACACACAAAACGUCGCAGAACUCACUCAGAAUGUCCAUCCGAGACCGGCCAACACCCUCAUCAUUGGUAGGAAACCUCGCUCGUCCAGCCACAACGCUUUUCGGGGCCGCCAAGUGCGCCGAACGAGCGCACUCGACCCCGCUCCGGGCACCCCACCCAGGUCCGUGCACACCAUCUCGCAGGCCGGUCCGCGCCCCGCACACGCUUCCGGCGCGUCUGGCACGUCCACACAACACACGUCCCGCGCGCACAGCCGCGUCGCGAACGUCCUGCGCGUCGUACGUCGCCGGCAACACGGCCCCGCCGCCCGCUUGCCGCCCCUCCCGCCCUCCGCCAUCGUGUCCGGCGGGUCGAAAACCACGACGGCGCGCUCCCAUGCACCGGGGCGCAUACACCCACGCAGUUUCGCGGCGAUCCGGGCAGAAAAAAUGUGUCUCAUUUUGGGCGAUUUCAUUGGUGACGCUGGCGACGACGACAAAGGUGCCCGCGUCCCGGCCGCCCCUCCGGUCCGUUGGCCGCGCAACUUGGUAGAUAUGCUGUCAUGGACGUUCAGUAGCGUCUCUCGUUGCGUGCGGCCGCGCCCGGCAAGAUGGCGACUCGAUCUCGACGGCGGCCGAAUCGACCUCCCGUCGGCGAGCACAUCUCAACCCCGCCUCGCGAACUGCCAAAUCCCGCUCGAACAUGACAGAGGCUCUUUUGGGAAUGCUGACAUCGCUCCGAUGCGGCAACAGCGCCGCCAGCGCGUGCGGAACGGCCUUGGCGAAGCUCGCAAUCACCCCCCGCCUGCACCUCGCCGCCCUCCUCCCGUGCCAGGAUCACAUCCAGGCCGCAAACGAACACCGCAGCACACUCUCCUGAACCAAGGAGCGUCCCCCCACAGAAUCUCGGCGCAGUACGACGAGGUCGAAAUCGGGCAACUGCGGGCGAUUUCAUGGGCGAUCUCACCCACUCCAUCGCCAAAAUCCGCGUCUCGCCCGCCUUCCGCAUCCGGCGGCCGCGAAACUCGGCAGAGGCACGCCCGUGCACGUCUCGCAUCGCCCGCCGUCGGCUGCAGGCGCGCCCGACGCGUUCUCUGCUCGCGGCACGCCGGUCGACGCCGCUGGCCCGACGCCCCGCGACGCCGCCAGCGCGAGCUAGCACGUCCCGCAACGCGGGCGUGGCCCCUGUGCACCGCGGUCGUGGCCUGUACGAUGCGGCCGCGACGCCGGCGCACGCGGAUCGGCCUCGACGAGGGAUAUGGCCGCCGCCCGCCCCCGACUCGGCGCCCCGCUCGCGCAUCGGCAUCGUGCCCGGGCCGCACAGAAACCGCACCACGCACUCCCAUGCAACAGGGUGCAUCCCCCCGCGGAGUCUCGGGGCGAUACGCGAAGAUUGAAAAUCGCGCAUUUUGGGCGAUUCCAUGGGCGCUCGCACGGCG